AUGUCGUUGGGUUAUGACGAAAUACUUGCUGAUAAUAGUUUCGGUCAAAUAAUUUUUGUAGCUCCAGAUAAAAAGAAAACCAUGUCUUCGUCAAUGACAAAUAAUAUUGAUAGUAACAUAAAUGAAACUAAAUCUUUAUCUCUUACUGAGCAAUAUGGCUUUUCACUUGACAAUUUAUUUGAUAUGGCUCGACACUUUCUAAAAGAUAAACAGGGAAGUAAAGCUAUACAAAUAAAAUAUGGUGAAAAUUUACGUUUUGUUGCUUUAUCAAAACAAGCAACAAUUGGUAAAUGGGAUUCAUCAUAUACACAAAAUGUUGGUCUUCUGGAUGUUGUUGGUAAUGAUCGAAAACAAGCAUGGAUUUCAUUAGGUGAUAUGUCAAAAGAACAAGCAAAAGAAGAAUAUAUUAAAUUAUUAUUAGAUCAUUGUCCAAUGUUUAAACAUUAUUUAGAAGCACAUCAUGUUGAAAAUGAAGAAAAAGAUCGAUUAAAACGGGAAGAUGAAGCUCGUUGUUUAUUAGAACAAGAAGCUCAACGAGUAAAACAAUACGAACUCGAACAGGUGUCACGUUUAGAAGAACAAAAGAAAAAACGAGAAGAAUUUCAACGCAAACAAAUUCAAAACGCUCUUAAUCAACAAACAUAUCCACAAUUUAAAGCUUACGCUGAACAACAAUUUAAAGAUAAUAGACAAGCACAAGACGAAUUAAUUCGUCAAUUACAAGAGCAACAUUUCCAACAGUAUAUGCAACGAGUUUAUCAACAACAAUUACUUUCUCAACAACAGCAACAUCGAACUAAACCAAAUAUGGAACAACAACCAGCAACAUCACCAUCUAUAAAUCAAAUGCCACCUCUUAGUAUGGCACCAAUACAACUACCACCUAUAGUUCAUCCACCACCUCAAUCCGUAGCUAAUGGUACUAAUUCUAUCGACGAAACUAAAAUAGAACCAACUAUUCCUAUUCAUACUCAAUUCGAAUCUCUUUCUCUUAAUCCAUCUUUACAACCAUCUGCUCGUAAUGAUUUAUCUCAACCAAAAUUUCCAUCAGUUCAAAUGAACAAUGAAUUUAGUGGUACACAACAAUCAAUUGAUGAUCAUCCAAUAGAUAAUGAUGUUACUAUCAAUUCUACUAAUGAAUUAUCAAGUGAAGAUGGUACACGUGCACCAGCUAGUAUGUGGACACGUAAAGAUAUUAAAGAAUUUAAAGAUGCUGUACGUAAAGAAAAAGAUGCUGUUAUUAAAAUUGGUAGUGGUGAAACAGUUACCGUACGUGUUCCAACACAUGAAGAUGGUCGUUGUAUUUUUUGGGAAUUUGCAACAGAUUACUAUGAUAUUGGUUUUGGUCUUUAUUUUGAAUGGAGUCAAGUACAAUCGAAUACUGUUACUGUUCAUGUAAGUGAUUCAAGUGAAGACGAAGAAGAUGAAGGUGAAGAGGGUACAAAUCAAGAAAAAAAAGAUAUUGAAAAAGGUUCACGAAAUAAUAAUAAACCGCCCAAACCAUAUCAAGAUGAAAUCGUUCCAAUAUUUCGACGUGAUUCACAUGAAGAAAUUUAUGCUGGUAGUCAUCCAUAUCCUGGAAAUGGAGUUUAUUUACUUAAAUUUGAUAACAGUUAUUCAUUAUGGCGUUCGAAAACACUUUAUUAUCGUGUUUAUUAUUCAAGAUAA